AUGGUACCCCUAAUUACGGCCCCUGAUGGUAAUUGUUUUUACAAUGCUGUUAAAGUACUAAUGCCAAAGUUUGAGGCAAGUCCUGCGGAACUUCUAGUUCGAGCAAAUGUUGAAUUAGUAGUAAAACUGAAAGAUUACCAGCAAACAUACCCCCAUUGUACAGAUUUUAUUGAUCCGUUUCGUCAAUAUCAAAGAACAGAAAUGAUCUAUGAUAAGAAGGAUUCUACAUUGUGGGAGAUUUUAGCACUAUGCAAUAUUCUUCAAUGUUCAAUCCGAUCUGUUUAUCCAAAGAUUAAUGAAGAUACUGAUGAAGCUGGAAUGUCAUAUCUUCUUAAUAAAACAUUUC